AUGGUGGAUAUCAUAAACUAGUGUCAUACGAGACUAGUUGGAGGCCAUCACGGAGGGAACCGAACGACAAGAAAGGUGCUCCAGUCAGGAUUCUAUUGGCCGAUCCUUUUCUGGGAUGCCUACAAUUUUGUGCGUCAUUGUGACAUAUGCCAAAGGACAGGUAAUGCUUCUAACCAAAAAGAGAUGCCCAAAACGAUUUCUAUCACUUGUGCGAUCUUUGAUGUUUGGGGCAUCGAUUUUAUGGGUCCUUUACCCUCGUCUUUUGGUAACAAGUACAUUCUUGUUGUCGUAGACUAUGUCUCGAGCUGGGUCGAGGCUCAAGCUCUCGCCACCAAUGAUGCAAGACGAGUCUGUGGUUUCCUGAAAAAAGCCAUUUUCAUGGUUCGGGACCCGAGGACCAUUGUUAGCAACCGUGGAACCCAUUUUCAGGGACAAUUCGAAAAACUCCUCGAUCGCUACGGCAUCACCCACCGGGUGUCCAUGGUCUAUUAUCCCCAAACUAGUGGACAAGUCGAGUUAUCAAAUAGGGAACUGAAAUGGAUACUAGAAAAGAUCAUGGAUCAAUCCUGCAAGGAUUGGUCCUCAAAACUCGAUGAUGCUCUAUGGGCAUACCGCACGGCCUACAAAACCCCAAUAGGCAUCUCGCCUUACCUUUUGGUGUAUGGCAAAGCAUGCCACUUGCCCGUAGAGAUAGAGCAUAUGGCUUUCUAGGCCACAAAGCUUUUGAAUAUGGACCCUAGUUUAUGUGGCAAUGAACAAAAGCUGCAGGUGCUUGAAAUGAAGGAAUGGCGUCUCCAAGCCUAUUAGAACACCCAGAUUUACAAGGAAAAGAUGAAGCGCUUGCACGAUGCUCGUCUGAAAGGAGGGAAGGAUUUCCAGCCGGGAGACCAGGUUCUCUUGUAUAACUCCCGGUUGAAAUUAUUCUCAGGGAAGAUAAGGUCGAAAUGGUCGGGCCCGUUUGUGGGAACGCAAGUGUUCACAUACGGGGUGGUUGAGAUCUACCACCCGGAGGAAGGAAAUUUCAAUGUGAAUGGACACCUCCUGAAACAUUACCUUGGAGGAUAGGUAAUGCCGCACAAAAAGGUGGUGUUCCUGCAAGAUGCAUGACCUGGAGUCUCCGUCUAGCUUAAGACGUUAAAGAAGCUCUUGUUGGGACUCAAUGGAAGUUAGCAAGUUUGCCCUACCACUACUACUAUUGUAUUGUGUUUGUAAUAACCUCGCCUCGAGCAAUUCGUAUUGUGUUUGUCUGUGUUUGUUUUUUUCUUUUCUUCGAAGCUCCAAAUCUCCUACCCCAGAAACAAUUCCAACUUUCACUCACCAAGCAAAGCGGUAACGUCGUUCUACCCCUAUCUUACGCCAUUGAGGGCAAUGUCAAGCAUAAGUGUGUGUGUGAGGGGGGGGGGGGGGGGUAGUCUACUUUUAUGCUUGGGUGAGUGUGCUUAAAAAAUGGAGCCUUGAUUU